AUGCCUGUCAGACUAGACAAAAAAGAUGCUGUGGCCUUUCCCCGCCCCGCCCCUCAACCAGCUUCCUCACAAUGGGGUUCAUUGCUGAGGUGGGAGGGGCAUUCUAGGGAGGGCACAGUGGGGGGCCUGCCUGCCAGACAACCUCAGGGAGCCUGUCCUUUCAAACAUGAGCCAUACCAUCUGGGCUCCCCCACUCUCAGUGUGCUCUUAGCUCUGCCCGCCUGGCGUGGGGUCCUGGAGACCUUCUUGGAGCUCAUCCAGCAACCAUCAUGCAGGGUGGUGCUGGGGACCGCCCUCUUACUCGGAGGUGGAGGCCUCAUGUUGUGGAUGCAGAGGAAGAGGAGAAGGAAGACAGAUUCUGAGACUGCACAAGACGAGCAAGAGCCACCAGAAAGCGAAAAAGCCAGGAAUGAGAGCUGGAUCAAAUCUCACUUUAGCUGUCUUUCCGAAGAGAAGCUGGCUGCCGGCAGCAACUCCACCUGCAGCCACAGCGCCGGGGCCAGCAGAGGCGGUGCCGCUCCCCAGCCUGAGAGUGGCAGCGGGGAGGCCAGCACCACGAUUCGCGUGGAGACCUUCACCACGAGGCAAGGAGAAGAGGGCACGGCUCUUCACCGGGAGCCCUUGACCAGCAAGCAGAGGAUGUCUGGGACCUCAGUGACCAAAGAGACCCACAAGGAGUCUGGGAAAUCCUCGUCCACAGAUGAGGCCACGUGGGCCGCCGUGGCUGCCUGUACCAAGGAGAUUGACACCAAGGGGCAGCAGCUGGCUGCCUCCAUGUUGCAGCGUGCCACGGCUUGCCAGAACUCAGGCCACCUGGAGUCCAAGGACAUCAGCCAGGAGGAGCUGAAGGCCCUCGAGGAGGUGGAGAUGAAGCUGAAAGGGAAUUUCCUCACCCAGCAGGAAACCACCACAGCUGGUGCCAACCACAUGCACACCUUCCAUAGCCAUUGCCACCAUGGCCACGAGGGUUAUCCAAGCCACCCAAGCCACCCGUGCCACAGCCUGCCGAACCGCGGCCACCAGGCCUACCAGCCCUUUAAAGCCACCUAACCACAGAUGGAGAUGCCCCUUCCCCCCACAGGGCUGGCACACAAUCACAGGCAUCCUAUGUGGUCCAUCUCUCCGAUG